AUGGCAGAUAUCGUAAUAGUUGACUACAUCGUGGGCAUAAUGGUAAGGGAGGUGACCGGAUCCAUAUUGGAUGGUUAUUUGCAUGUACGAUGGCCCAAGCUAAAAAAGUCGAUAAAUCCGCCUAAGCGUCAAGCCGAAAGAGAUUUAUCAGAAAAGGUAUUAGCUCAUAUCCAAAAAAGAUUCGAAGAAGUCCCAUUAGCGCCAAAAUUGUCGGGUCAAGAUUGGGAAGAGUCCCUUCAGGACCAAGUUGAAUUGUUUAUAGGAGGGGGUGGAUGA